AUGGAGUCCGUCCUUCAUGGUGUCCAGGACCUCGUGUUGAGGUGCCGCUCGCUCUUCCGGUCCCACGGCACGGUGAUCGUAGUGACUGGUGUGGCCUCGUUGCUGGCCUUGAAAGCUCUAAGGCUCAUGAGACACGUGCGACUGUUUAAGUUCCUUCCUAUCCUUGGUUUCAUCCCGAAGUCGUUGGAUCACCUUUUCCAUGCCGCAGAGAUUUACGCUGAUACGUACGGAGAUGUAUACUAUAUGAAAACUCUUGGAAGGGACAUUGUGGUAGUCUCUGAUCCUGAGCUCAUCCGUGAGGUCUUAAAUGCCCGUCCAAGGACCUACAUCAAACCCUUCAAUAAGCACAAGAUAAUGCCCAUGGAGGGAAUGUUCAAUACGGAAGGCGAGGCUUGGAAACGGAACAGACGAUUGGGUGCACCAGCCUUCAACGACAGUAACUCUGUGGCUAUGAUUCCCGACAUGUCCAAGAUCGCUUUGAGACUGAUACGCCAGUUGGAGCGCCUCAGUCAGGAUGGUCGUGAGCUGUUGGCGCUGUUAGAGCCCUGUGACCUAGAGUUCGAGUUAGAGGACUUCCCGGGAACACGACGCGCAGGAGGCAUAGGGAAGGUCAUCGGAGACCAAUCCGUCCAUACGACUAUCAUCAUCGACAUCGAGGACACCCUCGUCCGGAAUAUCGUCGUCUUCUCGGAGAGCUUCAAGUUUUAA